UUAUGGGUGUGAUUUGAUUCAGGUGUACUUCCCUGUAAAGGGUGGGGAAGCUGCAGUUUGGAUUGCUACACAAUUCUUCCAGAACAGACGACAAAAACACUGAAGGUGAACAAUUUGAUGGUUCUGUAGUAAGGCCAGGGAGGAAUGUGUAAGUUCACCGCCUCUGCCUGAGUCUCUGUGGAGAACAAGCCAGCACCUUUAGGGCAGUGUGACGGUGACCCAGUGUUGAGGAUGUCUGACCAGGAUUUGGGAACUCAGAUUGAAGCUCAGUUCAAUGAUGUGGUGAGACGGUUACAGAGCAAACAGCUUUUUCAGUCCAACUGGGAUAUCGCCACCUUUGCCAUUUUCUUUAUUUUCAUCGGUGCAGUGCUGACUCUGAUCCUCUUGGUCCUAAUUCGCUGUUGCUGGGGUUUCUGCUGUUCUUCAUCACCAAGAAAGAAGCAUGGAAAGCAGAAGGUGGGUGUUGACAAUUUGGCAUUGGAACCGUAACAGUCUGAAUGGGGUAUUCAAGCAGAGACCACAGCAAUAAGCAACAUCGUUAACUGCAUAAAGGAGUUUAUGAAGCCCUACCAACACUCCACCAUUAAAGUUAUUUUAAUAGGCACCUCUUCUGAAUCUAAUCCAAACAUGAAAUCUAUUGUUUUUAGUAUCCUUACAUUGAUUUCAUAAUAUUGGCUUAACUGCACUCUUCAUUUGCAAUUUCAUACUUAUUGGCAACUAUCCUUUGCAGAUUGUGUCACAAAAAUGCAACAUCAUGCACUUUAACCUGUUUCAUAAUUUUUUUUUUAAAUUAAAAGUAAAUGUUUGGUUGUGGAGAAUGAAGCUUUUGUAAUUUAAAAUCAUUGUGACAUAAAACAGAUUAUAUUUUGACCUGUCCAACAACAUUGAAAUUACUGCUAGUUUAUAGUAACCCAAAUGGUAUGGAGCUAGACUUGUGGCAUUGUAUGGCUAAUAAAGCCCAGAUAAAGUUGGGUCAAAACCUUUGGGUUCUGGCAGUGCAGCCCAUGUACAAUUCAGUGGGCCCAAGAAAUCCAUGUAGGUCACUAAACCACAAAAGUGAACUGUCCAGCCUUUUAAAUAACUUAAUUUCUGUGUGUAAGCAAUCUAAUGAGUAAUUUGGUGCCUUAGAUUAUCAGUUGAUCUUGUCACAGUUUAUUUUGAAUUAACUUGCACAUUCUAACGAUUUGUUGUGCAAGCAGAAACCAAACUUUGGUGUACAAUAGCUUCUAACAGGUUGCUUUCAGCUUAGUCAAGCACCAGCUCUGUGACAUGCACUGCUUGAUAUUUUUUUUUUUUGAUCAGUUGAUAGCUGAGAUUUUGUGCAAUACAGCAACUGCCUAUCCCUUUUGGGUAACAAAAUAAAUCUGUCACUUUGAGCGUUGACGUCUUCCCUUUCUCUGGAAACUCUGCUCACAAACUCAAGACAAGUGUUUGGAGGAGGGGGUGUUAAUUAAGAGAACAUGGCUGUUUGGAGCCCAGACACCAAAAAGGCAACUUGCUCCGAAACCUUCCUGGGAUUUGACCAAUCAAGUCUGGCUCAUGCAAUUUGGAAGAUUAGCCUUUUUAAACCAGGCAGCAACUUGUUAUACAAUUAAGAUUUGAUCCUUAAAACAGGCCAAGUGAAACCAAUUUCAGCUAUUGCAAGGGGGCAUAGCUUUAAAUUAAGGGGGGGUAGGUAUAGGACAGAUGUUAGGGGUAGGUUCUUUACUCAGCGAGU